CUCUUCCUCCUCCUCCUCUUCCUCCUCCUCCUCCCACCAUUAUGAUCUGGGGCAGCAGUAUACCUCCUACUAUACAGGUAACUAACCCUCCUCUUCCUCCUCUUCCUCCUCCUCCUCCCACCAUUAUGAUCUGGGGCAGCGGUAUACCUCCUACUAUACAGGUAACUAACCCUCCUCUUCCUCCUCUUCCUCCUCCUCCCUCCUACUAUACAGGUAACUAACCCUCCUCUUCCUCCUCCUCCCACCAUUAUGAUCUGGGGCAGCAGUAUACCUCCAACUAUACAGGUAACUAACCCUCCUCUUCCUCCUCCUCCUCUUCCUCCUCCUCCUCCCACCAUUAUGAUCUGGGGCAGCAGUAUACCUCCUACUAUACAGGUAACUAACCCUCCUCUUCCUCCUCCUCCUCCUCCUCCUCCUCCUCCUCCUCCCACCAUUAUGAUCUGGGGCAGCAGUAUACCUCCUACUAUACAGGUAACUAACCCUCCUCUUCCUCCUCCUCCUCCUCCUCCUCCUCCUCCUCCUCCCACCAUUAUGAUCUGGGGCAGCAGUAUACCUCCUACUAUACAGCCCCCUCCUUCUUAUGACGAGGUGAUUAGAGAGAAGAGUCAGGUCCAGGUGUUGCCUCCCUCCUCCUCUUCCUCCUCCCCCCGACGCUCUGUCUCCACAACUACCAUCGCCACGCAGACCGACGCCGGACUAGAAUUCUCAGCAGCGGCCCACGGCCACGCCCCCAACCAGAGACGCUCUGUGGCCAGGAGACCUCCCUUUAAAGCCAAACCUUCGCACACUGAUGACACGACGUCACACGCUGAUGACACGACGUCGCACGCUGAUGACACGACGGGUGCUGCUACUGUUGACUCACUCAUCUUCCUAGAAGACAGUCCAGCACUACACACACACACUCACACCGUCACACACACCGAGGAGACCAGACCAACAGUGUUUCACUAUGAACUCUUGACCUCUGAUCCUUUCUCACCUCUGACCUCUGCCUCUGGCAGCCAGACCGACCAAUGGGGGCAGUCCUCCUUCGUCCUGCCUCCUCAUUCCACUAUUGUCUUGACGACGCCCUCCGACCCUCCUCUGCCCCAUAACCAGCCCAGGCCACGUCCUCGCACAAAGAAUAGCCUUCGACCAAUCAGGAGAGAGGUCAAAGUUCAGACCCUGGUGAGGCUGGGACAGACAGGAAGUGAGGUCACAGAGAACCAAGAGGUGAGUCAUCAGGGGGGAAAGUACCUUCAGGAGCUCCUAGACGCCUUCAGCUCCGACGAUUGGGGCUUCCCUGAUCACCAUAGCAACGACAAAGUAGAGAGCGACUUGAGAGCAGAAGAAGAGGAGGAGGAGGAGGAGGAAGAUAUGAGAGCCAGGAUACAAGAGGACCAUGGUAACCAUGCCGACAGUGACCAAGGAGAUGGAGCUUUUCUAGGGGGUGGUAGACCUGAACCCCGCCCCCGAAUCCAAGCACCCCCCAAACCGGCCCCGCCCGUCACCCCGAAACCCUCCCUCGCUGCCAAGACCUCCCGCAAAGGAUUAUGGGAAGAUGGAGGCUCGAUGGCGAUAGACGUGAACUUGACUGUUGAUACGGUUACCACCUCCCAAUCCACACCCUCUCUCCCCUCUCCCAAACCUACCGAGGCCCCCUCAACUACCCCUGCCCUUAGUCCUGUUCCUAUUACAACUCCAAGUACCCCUGUCCCCGCACCCCGACCCCUGCUCCCUGGAAAGCCCCCCUCUGAACCCCAAAGACCAGACCCCCAGGUGGGGCAGACAGAGGGGGCCCCCCCAAGACCUCCAGUAGCACCCAGGAGCAACGGGGCCGUAGUACCCCAGGAGAGAAGCACUGUGGUCGGCCAGCCAACACCAGCGUUACCCCUUAAACCCUCCAUAGACCUCCACAGCACCAACACUAGACCAAGUGUGCGUCAGAAGUCCACUGCCGUGUCAUCAUCCCGUAGAGCGAGUGUGCCCCUGCCUGCGUCCGGACUAGCUGUACCUGAGAACAGGAGACCCUCUCUGGUCUCUAAACCCUCCGUCCAAACCCCCAUACCCACAUCCCCAGUACCCCUGACCCCAGCCGUAGCUCCAUCCCCAGUGGGUCCUAGACCCCCAGUCUUACCCUCAGCUCCAGCCCAAAAGAAAACCCCACUGGUCUCCUCAGAGUGUGAGCCUCCUCUUCCUCCUCGACCCCAGGGACUGUUUAAGAUGCUCCCUCUCCGACCCCCUCCCAUAAAGACUGUUAAUGGUCGACACCCACCUCUCCAGGCUGUCUCCACCUCCUCUACCACAUCAUCCAAUCAGCCACCCCCUCCCCAGGCUGUAGCCACCCCCUCUACCACAUCAGCCAAUCAACAGGCUGUCCCUGGCCCCUCCACCACUCCAUCAGCAAAUCAGCCGCAGGGUCAGAGGGCACCAAAGAAAGGCCCCCCUCUACCCCUCCGACCCAAGCCUGGACACCCCCUGUACAAGAGCUACAUGCCCGUCCUUCCAUCUCAGCCCAGUGGGGAGAAGGUCCAGCUGGUCACAGCACCUGUCAGUGGUUCGAGGUGUGUGGCGCAGUUCGACUACGAGGGGCAGGAGGAAGACGGGCUGACUUUCUCUGAGGGUGAUGUCAUCUCUCUGACGGAGGUGAUUGGUCAGGAGUGGGGGCGGGGCCAGAUCCACGGGCGAAUAGGAAUCUUCCCCCUGGCCUUCAUGGAGGUCCUUGAGGAACCGCCUCCGUCGGCAGGGAAACGGCCCGUUGUCGAGAAGACCACGAAGAUGGAAUCCUCAGGUCUGACUGCAGAGGACCUGUGGUUCCAGCAGGGGGCGCUGAUCAGAGUAACACAGCGCGUAGACACAGACUGGACCAGAGGAACACUGGGCGGACGGGAGGGACUGUUCCCCACUACCUUCACACACACCUGUAACACAGGGGAGCCACUCAGAGCAGCUCAGCCAAUGACGGGCCAGCCUGUGGCCAGGGGGCGUGGCCAAGAUCCUGUUUGAUUUCAGUGCAGAGAGUGAAGAUUAACUCUCACUAAAGGCGGUGGAUGUAGUAACAGGGGUGGAGGCAGUAGAGGAGGAGUAUCUGGGGGAUGCAGGAGGGAGGCGAGGCCUGGUCCCCAAAAACUACCAGACACUUCUGCCUCUCACCUACAAAUAGGACUAUGGAUGUUCACUGUGUGUGUGUGUGUGUGUGUGUGUGUGAGUGUGUGUGUGUGUGUGUGUGAGAGAGAGAGAGAGAGAGGACGUGGUUACCUUGAGAAGCGAAGCUGUCUGUUUACAUCUGAGUAUGAUAAGGAGUUAAUAGAUAGAGCAAACUAUCCAACAUCGCAGAACUGAAGUUCAAAAUCUCAAACGUAGUUUACCCAAUCCUGUUGAAUCUAUAUGACUCCACUAUCGGAAUAUCACCAGCAAGGAAUUAAGCCAAUGAUCACCAGCCAGCCUUACUUAUCAGAGAAGUGCUUUUUAACCUGGUACCUAGCUACCUGUGCUAUCUAACUGGUCAUAAUGUAAUCUAAUGGUCACUCUAAGUUCUUUGGGGAGAAUUCUAACUUCUUCUUAAGCCAAAUGUUAACAUUGACUAUCAGUGCAUGACUAUAAGUGAAAUGUUGAUUAAUAAAUGGAAGUGAAGUUGUGUUUAACUGAUAUGUGUCAUAUUACUGUAUAACUGGACAUUCCAUACAGGCCUUUUAAUCCCAAUAAAAUCAUGAUUAAAUGUUGUAAUAAACUGGUUUCAAUAAUGUAA